AUGGGACCAAUGUUUAUGCCUGAACCUACCACGAACAUUUGGGAAGAAUCUGCACGAGGUUUUUACGAAAAAUGGCAAUUCCCCAAUUGUAUAGGUAGCAUUGAUGGGAAACAUGUCACUAUAAAAUCUCCCAAUAACAGUGGAWCCCGAAAUUUUUGCUAUCUCAAAAAAUUUUCAAUUGUUUUGAUGGCUAUAGUCGAUCCAAGCUAUAAAUUUAUUUGUUUUGACGUUGGUGGAUAUGGUCGAAAUUCAGAUGGUGGUAUUYUAGAGGAGUCAACUAUGGGCAAACGACUAGAAGCUGGUACAUUAAAUGUACCACAAAAUGCACCAUUGCCUGKCCAAAGGGAAGAUACGCCUAUGGUUUUAAUUGGAGAUGAGGCAUUUGCUCUAAAAUCAUAUUUAAUGAAGCCCUUUCCACGGAGACUAUCAAGAAGUGAUCCAAGGCUAGAUAAUUAUAAUUACAGACUAUGCCGUGCAAGGCGUGUGGUUGAAAAUGCUUUCGGCAUUCUUACAAAAAAAUGGAGGGUUUACAAAGGACCGAUWGAGGUAAAGGAAGAAACUACUAAAAAAAUUGUCUUAGCUACAUGUAUAUUGCACAACUAUCUUCGCGUGAACAAUAGUGAUGUAGAUAUAACCUCCGACGAAGAUGAGUCAAGCGCAGGCUUUAGUCAGAUUGAAGACAAUAAUCGAAGAGGAACCAAUGAAUCUUUACGCAUACGGGAAAAAUUUKUAAAUUUUUUUAACUCUUAA